GCGGGCGGCGCCUGCCGGCCGGCCGGCCGCCUGGCGGCUGGCGCUCGCGCCUGCGCGCCUAAACACCACGCCCUCGCCGCGCCUGCGCCUGGGUCACCGACCGACCGACUGGCUAGUCCGCUCGCCCGGCCGAUCCACCAGCGAUACAGCGGUCAGUGACGGACGAGUGCGCUCCAGUGGCAGAGAGACGGGCUGAUCACGAGUUUAGGAGCUAACAAGACGCAGCCAUGAGCGGUAACGGAAAGAAGGUUGGCAUCGUAGGGAGCGGUCUGAUCGGCCGCAGCUGGGCCAUGCUGUUCGCCGGAGCCGGCUACCAGGUCCGCCUUUUUGAUGUCGUGUCGUCACAGAUUCCCAGUGCGCUGGAAGAUAUCAAGGGCCAACUGGAGCGACUGAGUGCCAGUGGUCUGCUCAGGGGCACUCUCUCGGCUCAGCAGCAGAUGGAACUCAUCACAGGUGCCAGCGAGCUCUCCGACUGCGUCUCUGGCGCCGUGCACGUCCAGGAGUGUAUCCCCGAGAGCGUGGAACUGAAGCAGAAGAUGUUCGAGCAGCUGGACGCUCUGGUGGACGGCACCACGGUGAUGUGCUCCUCCACCUCCUGUAUCGCUGCCUCCAAAUUCACCCAGAAUCUCAAACACCGCAGCCGCUGCCUCGUGGCGCACCCGGUGAACCCGCCCUAUUAUGUGCCUCUGGUGGAGCUGAUUCCGGCCCCCUGGACUGACCCGGAGGCGGUGACCCAAACUCGCCAGCUGAUGAUCGAGAUCGGACAGUCACCAAUCAGCCUCAACAAAGAGAUGCCAGGCUUUGCCCUCAAUAGGAUCCAGUACGCCAUCCUAAACGAGUGCUGGUACCUCGUCUCUGAGGGCGUGCUGAGCGCAGAGGACAUCGAUACUGUGAUGAAGGACGGACUGGGCCCUCGGUAUGCCUUCAUGGGUCCGCUGGAAACGGCACAUCUUAACGCUGAGGGCAUGCUCAACUACUGCGAACGGUACGGCUCGACUAUUGAGGGCGUCUCCAAGACGCUGGGGCCCAUCCCACACUGGGGCGGCGCUCAGGCUGAGGAGAUCCAUCGCCAGCUGACAGCGAUGGUCCCGCUGGAGAAACUGCAGGAGCGCCGUGCCUGGAGGGACGCUCGCCUAACAGCCCUGGCUAAGCUGAAGAAGGAUGCUGACAAAUGAGCCCUUAGUCUCCGACUUAGCAAUGAGUUGUCUUAGGAUCCAACGCGUCCGGGGUACAACCGUAUGUGCCUGACGUCAGAUACCAGAGAUAUUAUUUUGAUAAAAUACAAACAUUGGGUAUUAA